GCACAUGACUGUCAGCUGAUUGGAGUCACGUGACGCGCGCAGAGCCAGAAGCAGCUCGUCUCUUUGCGGAAAAUGGCUGGAUCCAGGUGCCCGAGUCGAGUCCGGUUUUCGGCGUUUGUCGCCUUUUUCUCCGCUUUGUUCGCCGCGGGGAGCUCCACCGCUCAGGUGCCACUCGUAAUGUGGUCCAGCGACGGCUUACCACCACUGGCCUCACCUGCAGCCGGUCACAUCACAUCCAAAGAUCAGCUGACUGCCUACCUCAACUCUGCCUUUGGCUCUGGUCCGCACACUGUGCUGUUGUUUCUGCAGGACAAGUUAAGCAAAGAUGACUUCACAGUUUUCGGUGGAGUGUUUGGAAACAAGCAGGACAGCGCCUUUCAAAACCUUGAGGCUGCGCUGCAGUCAUCUUCCUCUUCAGUGACGCUUCCUGCACUGGAGUGGUCGGGCUCCUCCGCCGUCCCGGCUUUGCUGCAAGAGAAACUCGGCGCCUCGCCUCUGCUCGUGGACGCAGACACUCUGUCACACCUCAGCGUCAACGCGUCUGUCAGCAAUCUGCUGCUCAUCAGUCUCCCUUAUUGUAACGACUUACACAAGUCUUGCAAGGAAGUCCUGCGUGACAAUGAUGAGAUUAUUGGGAAAGUUCUGGAUAUCAUGAAAGCCAAAAAUGUCCCGUACACUGCGAUAUACACGGGACUCCAGCCAUCACGAGUGAUUUCAGAGACAUCCAUGUCCAACCAGGCCGUGGGCCGCUCCUUGCUCCAAGAAGUCACAGCCGACGUCAAAGCGCCCAUCAUGUUCAAUUCAACCGGCGGCCCUUGCAUAAUGCUUUGGGCUCAGAACCUCAACGUCAGCCUCUCACGCACUUCAGCGUUCAUCGACCUCGCCGCACAAACGCCUACGCUGACAGGAUCCGUUUGUAACGACAGUCACUCACAGCUCGUCCUCAAUUAUGCUUCAGGCUUUGUACUAAGUUUUGCCAUGACUCGGCGGCUUUAUCCGGUGUCCGCACGUUACUGGUUCACCCUGGACUCCGUGCAGCUUCAGUCGUCCGGUCUGACUGCAUCUUUCAUCGGGAGCCGGAACAUCUACGCCCCUGCAGAGUACUCCUUCCACUGCCAGUCCGUCAAAAGCUUCCAAGAAGCUCUGCUAGUGCCAAACAACACCAACCAGAACACCUCGCAGUGGAGGCUCAAUUUCAUCGACUUUCAGAUUCAGGGCUUCGGUUUGGCCAACGGAACAAAUUUCUCCUACGCCAGCGACUGCGCAGGCUUCUUCACCGCUGGGAUUUGGAUGGGGCUGCUGACCUCGCUGCUCAUGCUGUUCAUUUUCGUGUACGGCCUGCACAUGAUCAUGCAGUUGAACACCAUGGAUCGCUUCGACGACCCCAAAGGUCCAUCGAUAUCAGUGCCUCAGUCGGAGUGAAGCGCUCCAAAACACACACACACACACUCCUCAGUCCUUCCUUGCAGACCCGGGAGAGUCCCUUCUUGACUUGUAACUUUUCUAUGUUUGGGCCUUUUAUUCAACUUUCUCUCUGAUCUUCUCUCCUGUAGUUUCCUUUCCUGAAUCCUUCCACAGCUCUUUUUUUUUUUUUUUUUGGGAUUACCGUUAACCUUGCAAGGCACAUUCCUGUCAUCUCCCCACAUUUGCAAGUGCCAAAAUGGAUGCACCUUUUUUCUUUUUUUUUUUUACACGAGUGCAUGUGCUAAAAGAUGUUUUUGUGCCACUGUUGGCCAGACACAGAGGAUAUUAUCCCAAAAAAAAUUCUCUCAGCGGAGAAUGCCUUCUGUGCCAACGUGAAUGUGUUUGCUGGAUGCUGUAGGACCGUUUCAGACCUCAGUUCUUACUUUUUCCAUCUCUACUGUAAUUUAAAGACUACUGGUUAUGAAAGAAGUGCCUGUAUAUGAAGACUAUAUUGCUGUUUGUGACCGUGUCCUGCCUUACAGACGUAUGCAAAUCGGUUCUGUUCUCGUUUCUUCAAAGACAAAUCACACACACAAGUGCUAAAUCCUUAAAUGUUUAUUUGACGUGUAAAUUAUUUAUGAAAAAAAAAAAAAAGAAAUCUGCCGACGACCCUUUUAAAGUUUACCUCUUGCUUCAGGUUCGUCAUUGAAUCUAAUGAGUGCCUCGGUCGUGCUUGUCAAACUUGUUGAUGUGCAAUUGCCUUGUCUUUAAUUAAGAAUAAAGAGAUGUAUAAAUUAUCAUUUUAAUCUUA